AUGCUCCCCUUCGCGACCCUCUUCACCCUCGUGCUCGCGCUCAGCGCAGCCGCGGCCCCCAUCGACGUGUCGCAGCGCGACUCGAUCGACAUCAGCGGUGGUGGCUCUGCCAGCCCCUCUGGCGCCGACAUCUCCGGCGGUGUCAGCGUCAACGGCGCCCCGCCGUCAGGCUUCAACUGGCCCAUUCCUGGCGUACCCUCGGCCUUUGGCGUGCCCACCGGCCUGCCCGCUCCGCCUGCUGGUGGAAUUCCAGGCGUGCCUUCUUCGAUCCCAACUGGGCUCCCCAAGCCGCCUAACGGAGGACUUCCGUCCCUUCCAGCCCCCCCGGCAGGAGGUUUGCCUUCGCUUCCUGCCCCUCCUGCUGGCGGAAUCCCAGGACUUCCUUCGUCGAUCCCCACCGGACUCCCUGCUCCGCCCGCUGGAGGGAUCCCGGGUCUGCCUUCGUCGAUUCCGACGGGUUUGCCUGCGCCGCCUGGUGGACCUCCAUCGUUCCCCAGCGGGCUCCCUAAGCCCCCUGCUGGAGGAAUUCCAGGUUUGCCUUCCUCGAUUCCUACCGGUUUGCCUGCUCCUCCUGCGGGUGGAAUUCCGGGUCUGCCUUCUUCUUUCCCUACCGGUCUGCCUAAGCCCCCCGCUGGAGGCAUCCCUGGUCUUCCUUCUGGGUUCCCAACAGGUCUGCCCGCCCCGCCUGGUGGCCUGCCUUCAGGUAUCCCCACUGGCCUGCCAGGUGGUGGAGGUGGCAGUCCCAUCCCGACGCCGACGGUCCCCGCGUGGCCGAGUGGACUUCCCACACCCCCGGUCCCUGCUUGGCCUUCUGGUCUUCCUACUCCUUCUGGACCUGCGGCCCCCGACUUCGCCGCUGCGUGGCACGCGGCUGCUGUCCAGGCUGCCGAUGCCCUCGAGAAGGGACUGCAGGCCUUCAAGGCUGGCGACGCCCAGGGCGAGAUCGCUUUCUUCCAGGCCGAGCAGGACGCGACCAACAAGGCCAUCGCGGCGUGGCUGCAGUUCAAGCAGGCCGCGUAUGACGCUGCCCAGAAGGGUAUCGACGCACUCAGUGCCAGUUAA